AUGAUCGAGACGGUCGACCUCGUCAUCUGGGGCGCCGCCGAGAGCGCCGUCACCAUCAUCGCCGCCUCGAUCCCCGUGCUGCGCGCCAUGUUCCAGGGCCCCAGGGCCGCCGGCGAGCCGCGCAUGGGCACGCGCGAGAAGGCGCUGCUGCGGGCGCCUCAACCUGUUCUCGUCGCCUUCCACGGGCGGGGGCACGAACACGGGCACGCAGACCAAGCCAGACAAGGGCCAGCAGCAGCAGCAGCAGCAGCCGGCAUCACGUCGCCGCGAGCCGUGUGGGGCGUGGGCCCGCGGGAGACGGCGCACUUUUUCGAGAUGGAGCACUUUGGGCGGCGGGGCAGCAGCCGUGGCGGCGCGGGGGAGGACCGUGGCGACGACAUGGAGCAUCUGCGGCCGGUGAGCGGGGAUCUGGAGCAGCAGUCGAGGGCCGGCAGCAGUCCGAGGGGGUGGGCCGGGUCGCGCGACGAGGAGGAGGACGAGGGGGAGAGCGAGAGGCGGACCCGAGGGGAUGGAUCAAGGGCAGACGCGCUGGAGGGCGCGUCGCGCGAGGUGCGGAUCGUCAUACGGGAGAACCCCAUACGAGUCAAUAGGACCCUGUCGAUGAGCUCGGGGGGGUUGUGA